AUGUCGAAAAAUAAAAAAGGGAUCGUGUGGGAGGAUAGAGAAGUGCUUUUCGAUUUACCUUACGAGUACCUCAAAUUGCGUUCCGGGGAAAAGAUUUUCGACCGAAUCGAAGCCAUAGAGGACACAAAAGGCAACUCCGGUAUUAAGGCCAUCGGCCUCAAUUGUGUCAUAUCAACAAGCAGCAAAAUGGUGAGUUCUGGCUUGCGAGGUUCCACCCAAGCCUUGUACGUCCUAGCUACCUUCAGAGACAAUAAAUAUGAGUUUGUUUUCACCAAUCUCGCACCCAACUGCAUACGCCAUUAUACUACGGUCACUACAGUGCAUAAGGCCUAUGUUGCUUCUAGACUAUACAGAGACUUGAGACUUCGUGGAGCUAUCGUUCAUAAUAAACAACUUCGGAUGUUGCAUCUUGAGCAGAUUUCUCUCAUGGAGUCGGGCGUUUGGAAUCUUUCCAGCGAAUCGGGCAAUCUUGGAACAAUGAUUGUAACCAAUGUUAGAAUCGUAUGGUAUGCAGACGUCAACGAAGCUUUUAAUGUCUCUCUACCGUACAUUACCAUCGAAAAUGUAAGAUACCCUUUUAAGAUUUCCAUUAGAGACUCUAAAUUUGGUAACGCCCUCGUCAUUCACGUUCGGUCAACCUCUGGAGGCUACGUCCUCGGUUUCCGAGUCGACCCCCCGAAUAGACUUAUUUCUCUGCUCUCGGAACUACAAAUCUUACACCAGGCUUACACUGAAAAACCCAUAUUUGGAGUCGAAAUGAAUUGGAAUCAAGAGGAACCGCGACAUUUAAGCGACGACAUUGAAGAAUUGGAAGAAAUCGGAGAACCACGAGGUGAAAUGGGGCCUUCUCUGUACUUGGCAUCGCAAUUGGCGCAGAAUAAAGAAGGUUCAAACGUGCAACCUGUGUACAGUCCUUAUCUGGGACUAGCUAUUGAACCAUUAAAGGAAGGAUUCACAUUGAAAAGCAUCUUUGAAGUUCAAACGACUUCGUAA